UAGUUUGGCAGAGGUUCAAAAAUUCUGCUACUGUGUGUGUGGGAGUGUGUGUGAGCACACAAACGUCCUUGUGAGGGUGAAGCGAGGCAGCACAGCUCGACACAGACAUGAAUCAUCUACUGAAAGUUCCACUUCUGGCCAGCCGUGCCUUCAGCAGCUCCGCCAGGCAGCUGAGAAACAAAGUCCCUGAGGCCCAGAAACUCUUCCAGGAGGACAACGGGUUGCCGGUCCACAUCAAAGGAGGACUUGCUGACAUGCUGCUGUACCGGGCAACCAUGACGCUGACCAUCGCAGGAACCUGCUACUCUCUGUACUGGCUGGUUAUUGCCUCCAUGCCUCAGAAGAAAGCAUAGAGAAGGAACAACCGCGGGCUCAGUCUAUCGCAUGGAGAACAACCUCGGUAUUGUCUGUCACUAAUGUUUGUUGUGUACAAUUCUACUGGAUUGCAAUCUGUCUAUUUCAUCACAACGAUGACGAAUACAUAAAAGCUGUUUCAAAAAAGAAGUUGGUGCCUGC